AUGGGCACUUUUACUGUUAGUUACUGGGCUCGAAAGUUUUGGUGGGAACAAAGAUAUCUUUGGGCUGCAUCUGCUGUUGCCUUUUACUACGGAACUUGCUGGGACAAUGCUGGAACGCAUAAAGCUUCGAUGAUGAAAGGGCAUAGUAGAAUGUUUGCAGAUCGUCGUCAGCAAAUAUUGGCAUCGAACCCACACGCAGAUGUUUGGAGGAGU